AACUGGAAAAUGGCUUUCCUGGCCGGGCAUGGCGUCUCCCCUUAUUUCAGAACAGGUACUCCCUAAUUUCUUCCUACAGUAAAUUUCAUUUAAGUGAAUCGAUUAAACUUUAGCAUUUCUUCAUUUCGUUAAUAAAUUUGUUUUGCUUUGAAAACGGUACCCUUCCCCUGACCCCUCCCCCAUGUGCUAUUGCAAUUUGAAUGAAUGAAAAUGGUACGAGCUUUACACGCCAACAAACGAACUGUCAUUUUUGGUUCAACUCCCGCCCUGCUACUUCGUACACUAAGUCACUGCAUUUGUUUUGCUGCCACCUCCCACCACCACUCAUAUUUGUGACUUGGAAAUGGUAGGAGCCUAUUGUUUGAUUACCAUAUAGAGAGAGAGUAGUUGAAGACCUUAUACUACAUUAUUCAUUUGCUCAUUGCUAUAUUGCAUUUCUCAAAAGCUGGGUUUUGUUUGUUUAUCCUAAUCCAGGUUUCAUUCAAUUGUCUGAGGUUUCUUGUGGGUAAAUAGAUGGAUAUGGAUCCUCAGCUUAGAAGGUUGCCUGACUCAAAUAUAAACACACUCGAGUUGGAGAAUGAUCUCAUCUUUUCUGCCUUUAAACAAUCAGAAGACAUUCCAGAUACUUAUAUUGGUGCCCUUUCAAUUCCACAACGUCCUGACCAUGCUCCUUCUAUGGGCUCUGAUCGCAUGAUCGAGUACCUUAACCAGAUAUUACUGGAGGAGGACAUUGAUGAUGAAAACACCCAUGACUCGUUCUGGGAUCCGAUUGCGCUUAGAGAUGCAGAGAAUUCUCUCUAUGAAGCCUUGCUUGGGAAAACUUCCUCACAUUUUGACACCUCAGUUGGGAGCUACACGUGUGAUGUUGGUUCUACUGAUCUCUCUCCAGGAGAAUCAUUUGGGGCAACUGAUUCUCCCGCUCUCUCCAUCCAGCCAUCAUCAUAUCAGAGAACCUCGGAUGAUCUAAACCAUUCAUCAUAUAACAUCAAUAUUCCAAUGGUUUCUCGAAUGGACGCUUACCUAAGUGCUGCUGAUUCAGUUCCAAAUGGUUUUUGUGAUCUUGGAGCUGCAUCCGUCUUGCAGUUCAAGAGAGGUGUGGAGGAAGCUAGAAAAUUCUUGCUUCCCGGUGGCCAUGAAUAUUCAAUGCCUGCGAUGCCCCCGCUAACUGAGCAAUUGAUAAGAGGUGUUGUCAAUAUAGAGAGGGAGGAUUCUGCCGAUACACGUAGAGGAAGGAGGAAGCAUUGCUGUCCAGAUGAAAGUGUUCUAGAAGGAGAAAGGAGCAAGAAGCAGUCUGCAGUUAAUACAGAGGAGGAGGUUGAGCUGUCAGAGAUGCUGUUUGAUAAGGUUUUGCUGUGUGCUGAUGAAGAUAAUGAUCCUCCAACUAGAGUAGGCCGCACAGAAAAGAUAAGGCGGAGUGGUCGGAAGAGCCAUUCAAAGAAACAAGGUGAAGUUGUGGAUCUGGAGACUCUUUUGACCAGCUGCGCACAAUAUGUUUCUGAUGCUGAUUAUAAAGCUGCAGUAGAUGAAUUGAAGAAGAUCAGGCAGUACUCUUCCCCUACCGGCAAUGCACGACAAAGGCUGGCUCAUGCAUUUGCUGAUAGUCUUGAGGCACGGUUGGCUGGAACUGGGACACAACUUUAUGUUCCUCCGUUUCGUAAUAACAACGUAGCUUCCGGGUUGACAAAAUCCAACAUGACAUCAUGGGUGCCAUUUAUGAGAUUAAUAUAUAAUUUUUCAAAUCAAAUGAUUCACGAAGCAGCAUUAGGAAGCUCCUCACUGCAUGUUAUAGAUUUUGGUAUUCUUCAUGGAAUCCAAUGGCCAACUCUUAUUCGGGAUCUUUCACAAAGGCCCGGUGGCCCUCCCAGACUACGAAUAACUGGAAUUGAGCUUCCCCAACCUGGUUUUCGUCCAUCACAACUGGUAAUAGAGGCAGGUGUUCGCUUGGAAAAAUAUUGCCAGCGUUUCGGUGUACCAUUCGAGUACAAUGCUAUUACAGCACAACAUUGGGAGGCAAUUAAGAUUGAUGACUUGAAGCUUGCAAGUGGUGGUGAGGUGGUUGCUGUUAACUGUGUUUUCCGAUUCAAACGUCUCUUGGAUGAAACAAUGUUUGGUGGGGACAGCCCCUGCCCCAGGGAUGCAGUUUUAAACUUAAUCCGGGAAGUUAAUCCUCGUAUUUUUGUGCAUAAUGUGUAUACUGCUUCUCAUGGAUCUCCUUUCUUUCUCACUCGGUUUCGCGAGGCUCUCUACUUAUACUCUGUUUUCUAUGAUUUAUUUGAUGCACAUUUCCCAGGCAAUGAUGAUCAAAGAUUUGGUUUUGAACAAGGAUUUAUGGGGGCCGAAAUAAGGAAUAUCAUAGCAUGUGAAGGCACAGAAAGAAUAGAGAGACCUGAAACAUACAAGCAGUGGCAUUCUCGCACAAUGAGGGCUGGGUUUGAGCCUUUGCCUUUGAAACCUCAACUUGUGGAGAAGUUAAUAGGCAAUUCCAGAGCAGCAUAUCACAAAGAUUUUCUGUUUACUGAAGAUGGCCAUUGGGUACUGCAGGGGGUGAAAGGUCGGAUUGUUUCCGCUAGUUCUUGCUGGGCUGUUGCACGACAGAUUCAUCAUAAGCGCUAAUGCUGUUGGAAUAUAAGUAGUAUUCAUGAAACAUUGCAUGACCUUUCGGGCCAUUAUCAUUUCACUCUUUUUUGUGUUUCAAGAAUUCAAAUUGUUGGAAUAAUGCUGGUCUGAAAACAAGAGUAGUCCACCUCUUCAUUUUCUCUUCAGACAAUCUUUUCAAAAAGUUUAUAAAUAGUCAUAUGUCCUUUAUGUCGGGUCUCUGGGUUACUGAUGACGAAUUAUUUCGCGCAACUAUAAUCACAUUAUUUGGGAGUGUAAUACAGAUUUGCAGUACAAUAAUAACAUUAUG